GACGCUACAGUUGCACUUCCGGUCCACAUGUAAAACCCCUUUCAGCGUGAAUAGACGGUGGACUGUAACUAUCUGUAUACACUCGGCAGAAAAAAAAACAGCUUGUCAGUCUUUCCUUAUUUAAAACAUCUGUAAACAUGAAGCUGCUUACGCACAACAUGCUGACAUCUCACGUGAAAGGAGUCACUAAAGGAUAUCCGCUUCUCAUCAAGGCUACUGAGGUGAAGAUGAACGAGGUGGAGUUCAACCCUCAAUUUGUCAGCAGGAUGAUUCCCAAACUGGAGUGGAGUGCGCUCAUCCAGGCUGCAGAGGAGUUGGGUCAUCGACAGGAUCUGCCAGGUGAACUGGUGCCAGACUACGAGAAAGACGAAGAGUUCCUGAAGAUGGUACACAGAGUGCUGUUAGAGGUGGAAGUGAUAGAGGGCUUUCUGCAGUGCCCUGAAUCCGGGCGAGAGUUCCCAAUCACCAGAGGAAUCCCCAACAUGCUGCUGAAUGAAGAAGAGGCGUAGACAGCAUGUCCAAACCUCUAAACUGUCCCUUGGAUGAAGCUGUAUGUACUCAGAGAGAGGCUGGACUCUUGUUGGCCACACUGUUUGUUUGAUUUAUUGUGGUUCUGACAUUAAUGUGGCAGCAGAUGGCGCAAAAAGAUUUGAUGAAUAACAGACGGAAAAGUUCCCUGAGAGUAACCCCUGGAGGUUUUAUCUGUAUUUAUUUUUGCUAUUGUUUCUGUUGGUUUUUUCAAUAAAACUGUCUCGAUUUC